UUGAAAAAAGACUUCAACAGUCAGAGACAGGACAGGAUUGUGCAGUUGGUAGAUAGUUUUGGUAAAGUAAAGGGUUGGAUCGACGCAAGUGAACCGGGGAGCGGAAAUUGGAUGAAAUACGUGAGAUCUGCCCCAGAUCCAGCACAACAGAACAUCAUGGCAGUGCAAGUUGAUGACCAGGUAUUUUACAAGACAGUAAAGGACAUUGAGCCAGGAGAGGAAAUGUUGUUAUACGCUAGAGACGCAGUAUAUCCUGAGAAUGAUCUCCACACCAUGAAGGGGGCAACACUUGAUGAAGAACGAGUGCACCCAUGCCAGCAGUGCGGUGAAGUAUUUCGUUCCAAGGUCGCGCUCCGACGACACGAGACCUACGUCUGCAAUAACUCCAACGCCAUCUUUAGCUCAAUCAACAAAGAAUUCAAAGAAAACAAUCAGCUUCCAGCAACAAUGGAAAGUGAUAACACCUCAGCUUCAAUGAGGGAUGAUGUAUCAUUCACAGGCAGUGAGACAGACAGCAAGUCAAGCCUCCCAGCCUCCCCAAGGACAAGCCAUCAGUAUGACAGCCUUUACUCAGCCGGCCGUUCUGAUUUCCCAUGUGAGAACUGUGAUCGUGUCUUUGCUGACCCCAGUAAUCUUCAACGUCACAUCAGGUCACAUCACCUCGGAGCCAGGAGCCAUGCGUGCACAGAAUGUGGGAAGACAUUUGCAACAUCUAGUGGUCUAAAACAGCACCAACAUAUCCAUAGCAGUGUCAAACCGUUCCAGUGUGAGGUGUGCCUUAAAGCCUAUACCCAGUUCUCCAAUCUUUGCCGCCAUAAGCGCAUGCAUGCUGACUGUCGCCAACAGAUUAAGUGUAAAGACUGUGGACAGGCUUUCUCUACCGUGACAUCACUUAGCAAACAUAAGAGGUUCUGCGAGGGAGCUAUUCGUAAUGGGUCCGCCAGAUACAACUUUUCUGCCCCACCAGCUGGCAGUGGAAGCUCUGAGAGGAAAUCAUCUCCAUCUUUCCCUGCCCAACCACCAAACAACCCUGCCUUAGCAGCCGCCAGUGCUUUCAUGAAUUUAUACGGGCCAAGACCACCAUUCCCGUUCUUCCCACCGAUUGGCCCAAGUGGGUUUCCACUCCUACCCCCAGGUCACCCCCUAGCAGCCAUGGCCAUGCUCCCCAGAGCUAAUCUCCCUACAGCGCCCCAGAGGAGCCCAGAUACCCCAGUCUCAGCCAAGACUGAGCCACACUCAAGAGAUAACAGUGAUGCAGGCUCUGAAGCUAGUGACCUGAGUGAUCGUGAAAAGCUUGAUGAGAAACCUCUUGCCAGCACCCCUAAGGCUACUCUUAUCUCUCCAGUCCAAUCACCAAAGAGUGAACCCAGCAUAACAAGCAGUCGCAGUGAGACCUCCACACCAGUUGAUUUCUCUAUUAAAGUCAAAGAAGAUGUAAAAGAAGAAGAGAAUGAGGAGUCUGAUGCUAUGGACCUAUCUAAGCCCACAUCUCCAGCUGCAGGUGGUGAUAUGCCUCUAGAUCUCAGUAUCAAAACCACUCCCAAAGAAGAUAUCCCCACUGAGGUAUCCCGCAAGACCCACAUAUUUGGUGAAGACAAGCCAGAGCCCCCCAAGAAGCCAGUUGCUACCCCCACCUCACUUCACUAUGCCUACCCCCACCUUAACCCCAUGCUGCUUGCAGCUGGUAUGCAAGGCAUGCAGGGUAUGCAAGGGGCCCAGAUGACUAAGGACAAGAUGCGUAUGCUACAAGAUGUAUCCAAGAUGAUGGCAUUCUCCCCCCGUUUCAAUAUGCCAAGCCCUAUAUUCCCAUCAUCCAAACCUCCAAUGAUGAAGAUGUCCAAAAGUCCAGAAUCAUUCAACUUCCCCAGCCCUAACAAGAAGGUUUCCAAUGACAGAUAUGCUUGUAAAUUUUGCGGCAAGAUCUUCCCACGAUCCGCUAACCUGACCCGACAUCUCCGUACUCACACAGGCGAGCAGCCAUACAAGUGCAAGUACUGCGAGCGUUCCUUUUCCAUCUCAUCCAACUUACAGAGGCACGUCAGAAACAUUCACAACAAGGAGAAGCCUUAUAGAUGUCCCUUGUGCGACCGCAGCUUCGGCCAACAGACUAACCUUGACCGUCAUCUCAAGAAACACGAGACUGAAGGUCUCAAUGUCACCGACUCCCCAAUCAAUGACAGUGUUGAGGACAAAGACGAUGCCUAUUUUGAUGACAUCAGGAACUUCAUCUCUGAAGAUGGCGUUGAUGAUGAAGAGGACACGGAUAAGCAUUCUAAAGUCAGUGAAUACUCAAGCAUAGACUCCAGUUACUCCAUCACCACACAACUCGCCAAGCAACAGAAAAUGCGCCUAGCAGAGCACAGUGAUGAGGGAUCUCCUAACAAAAGACCUCGUAUAGAAAACAAUAAUGGUCGCCUAAAGCUUGAUUCCGGCUAUGCAGAUGAUGAUUGUGAUGAUAGACUAUGUACUACUAGCCCUGUACAAACUGUUCCAGUUCCUAUGGCUAUGACCUCAUGAACUAUAAAGACAAAUAUAAUCAUAAAACACAUCUAGAUCACCUAGAUACCAAGUAUAUGGGACCAGAUCAACUUACCAUAUUAUUAUAUACAGUGUAUAUUUCUAAAUAUGACUGAGUUAAUGUCACAGUGGCCAAAUAUAGUAACCAUUCCAAGUAAAGCGAAGUCUGCAUGAAAAUUUAUUUGUAGUGUCCCAUAGAAGCUCCCUUGUUGCAUAUAUAUAUAUUGAUAGUUCACAAAUCAUAUUGCAACUGAUGUAUGCAGCAUUAUAUACAAGGCAAUAUCAUAAUAUCUGUCUCUAGUCAGUAUAUGUCUCAUACAUUGUACACACCACAUUUAUGUGACUAAUUUUCACCUGGUAAUCAACUUAUGUGACUAUUUCUCACCUGGGAAUCAACUUAAUAUGGGACUAUUUUUUGUUGAAAAGUCACACAAUCAAGUGCCAAUUUGGUCAUGUGAAUAAGUUCUAUAAUAAUGUUAUGCAAAACAAUCACGUACAUGUUGUACAGAGUGCACCAAAUAUGACUGAAAACCAUUAUUUUGAUUUUCGUAAUAAUCACACACUUCCAUUGUAUUAAAUUUUAUUUCAUACAUUGUACCAUAUGUUUAUAAUUUUCUUUCAAAUUUAAAUUGUAUAUAUGUUUAUUUAGACUAUAGUUUCUUUGCUUUUUCUGCAUUAUGGUUUGUGUAAUUGUAAAUAAGUGAAUUGUGCUUAGUUGUACAGUCUAACAUAAAAGGUUUGAAUGUAAACCACCCUUAAUGCUUUCCACCUUGAAUCAUCGUGGUUGUGUAUAGAUUCACACCUUCUAUGCAGGACUGUAUCUUUAAGGAGGCCCAGAGAUCUGUAAAAGUCUGGAGUUCAGAUCUGUCAAUUGUACAUAGUAAAAGUUUCUUAAUGAUAUUCUGUCUGGAUUGGCAAGCCAUAUUAAUUUUCAAUUCAUUUUUUGCUUAUUUUAUUCUGAAGCACCAUGUGGGUGCUGCUACUCAAUUGCUAAAGAUGGCGCUGAAUCUCAUGCCAUAUUUGUG